GACAUUAGAUGGAACCCUCUUCUUCUGCUCCAGUGGCGAAACGCUACCUCAUGUCAUCUUCGCCGCCGCUCGCUUUCUCCACCGGCAUCCAUUGCAGAGGCGCCACAGCCGCCGCCACCGCUCUACUAAGACUGUUCUCUCGCAUGUCAUCAGGCGGCACCUCUAGCCAUGCUAGAUUACCUUUCGCCGUGGCUGCGGAGGCUGAGAAAACCCUGAACCCUUACCUGCAGCACCACCACCACCUUAGCCUAUCCAGCACUAGCCAAUUUCUUCCUAAUCCUAAGUUCUUCCAGAUUUCAGCUCCUCGUAUUACCGUGGGGGUUUCCGGGCGGAGCAUGUCGAGGUCUGUUUCGAGCAUCUCCUCUGAGGCGGCGGAUGGUUCAGCUCCUCCUCUCGUUGUUCUUUCCUUUUAUAAAUUUGCAGAUUUUCCGGAUCAUGCCACAAUGCGGAAGCCGCUGAAAGAGCUUUGCGAGGAUGUGCGUGUUUCAGGAGGUAUCAUACUUGCACCAGAAGGAAUCAAUGGCAGCAUAUGUGGCACUCCAGAAUCUGUGGAGAAGGUUUUGAACUUUAUUCAGGCUGAUGAGCGGCUAAGAGGCCUUAGAUUAGUAGAGUCACCUGUUAGCCCUGAGGAUGAGGCUAUCCACCAUGGACACACUAGCGAUUCCCCUCUCGGAGCAGGGGAAGAUGCACCUUUUCGCUGGGACCAUGUUAGAGUCAAGCUGAAGAAAGAGAUCGUAACUUUUGGAGAUCCAAGAAUAAGGCCUACUAAGAUGGUGGGUCGGUAUGUAAAUCCACAGGAUUGGAAUGCUUUGAUAAGUGAUCCUGAUAUUAUGGUGAUUGAUGUCCGUAAUACCUAUGAAACUCGAAUUGGAAUGUUUAGAAGAGCAGUUGAUCCAUGCACCACAGCAUUUCGGGAGUUCGCAUCUUGGAUUGACAAUCAAUUUCAAUUUCCUGAAUCAGAUGGCAAGUCGGACUCAGUUUUGGGCAGCAACUUUGAACUGAAUGAGAUUCAAAGUCUAGAAUCUAAGAGAUUACCUCGUGUUGCAAUGUACUGCACAGGUGGAAUAAGAUGUGAAAAGGCUUCAAGUUUUCUUCUUAGCAAAGGUUUCAAGGAGGUUUAUCAUUUGGAAGGAGGAAUUUUGAAGUAUCUGGAGGAAGUUCCAAAGGAAGAAUCCCUGUGGGAGGGUGAAUGCUUUGUGUUUGAUAAACGAGUUUCUGUGGAACAUGGAUUAGCCCAAGGAACAUAUAAACUGUGUUAUGGGUGCAAGAAACCUGUGAGCGAUGCAGACAUGGAAGCUCCAGAAUGGGAGUACGGUGUCUCUUGCCCUUUCUGCUUCUCAAUGAAAUCAGCUGAAGAGAAAGAUAGAGCAAGGGCCCGACAAAGACAAUUCAAGGCAUGGGGGAUCAUCGGCGGUCCAGAUAAAGGUCGCCGGAAGGUUGCUAUGCCCGAUAACAAUAAGCUCCUUUCUGGCUCAGUCUAGUGCCUUUUUCUUGAUCAAAAGUAUCUUAUGGUAGCUUUCAUUGUAACUGUAGACCUAUCGAAAGUCUUUGAUCCAUUUUGUGUACACAAGACAGAUAGCCAAUGUUUUUUUUUUCUUUAUUGAUCUGGUGUAACUACUCUAUCCACAUCUACAUGUGGAAAAGCCUUCUGCCAAACUAAUUUUGUCAUUCGUCUACCUAAAAAACUUAGUCGGUUGCCCAACUGGCCAAA